AUGCAUCGAUUGGAACAAUUGAAUGGUCCCAAGACCGUGCCUUUGUCUCAAUCGAAGGCAAAGACUGCCCACACCUCCACGACUCAUCGUAGGAAGGGUUCAGCUACACACCAGGAACGAACGCUUUUGAGCCAAAAGUUGAAGCGAUGGGAUGGAAACAAGCGUCAAAGUUCCGGCUGGCAUUAUUUGGACAAGGACCCUGAACUCUGGACGCGAAAUGGCAACUGCCUCAUUUAUAUUGGCGGCCGUAAAGACGGUUGUAGGCAGCGACAAGCUAAGCAGCCGCCGGCGUUCAGAGUACCAUUCGAACACCUUUUAAACGGCAAAUGUUAUCCUCUGAUUGAGAAGUCUCAGGUCAACUGGCCCGAGGGAUCCGAGCCUGCUCGACCAUGCGGCCCUAGCGAGAUUGAUGCUUGGCACCGUGCCAACCCCACGCGAACAGUCGAACUGUUCAUCACAGCGCCGCAAGUUGCCGAGAAGCAGCAACUUCGCCGCCAUCAACUGUUGAUACGAAAUUUUAUCGCUUGGAUUAUGCGGAAGUCGCUAGUCGGGGAAACUCUCGGGGAAGCAUUGGUGGGAUUGCUGCACUGCAUGCAAGAGUAUAGGACUCAUGACCAUGUGGAUAAUGUGGCAGAUCUCGUCCAUUAUCUCAACCGAGAAGGAUAUCUGUCCUUUGCAGGCCAAGCCGAGUAUGCUCUGGCAGUACUGCGUCUGGCCGAGACGUUUUGUUUGAAAGACCUGUACUUUCAGGCUUUGGCUCACUGUGUGGGAAUGAAAGAGAUGCUGCCUAGCAAGAGAGAGUUCCAGUUUGUGAGUUUUGCGACGAGAAAGCUCAUUGAUGACGCCGAAAGUGAACUAAAUUCACGCCUCAGACGGACCUGGGACAUGCUGCGCAGCUUUCUCGACCAGGAACUUUCAGAAGCACACAUAGGCAUUCCGGCUGGCUUACGUGCGCAUCUCGAGCGCUUCCGGAGUUUUCUGCUCUCGUUUUACAGUGCUAAACUGGGUUAUUGGCCACCACGAGCGUUCGACGGGUCCGUUUGCCGGGUCUUGAAGCGUGAUUUCCUGGCUUUAUACAACCUUUUGGUUGACCAAGGCUACAACUCGAAUGAAGCCAUGCCAUUUGUUGCUGUUGGAGGCAUCUGCACCUUGCAACUCAUUCAAACCUUUGACACGAACAACGGCUUUGAGCCUAUGCCGCAUCCUCUGCCCAAGCUUCCUCAACAGAGUGAACUGAGACGGUCUAGGCGCAUCUUAUGGAUCCCACGAGGAUCCAGGCAACGUGGCGAGGAGCAUCAACUGAAUCGCGUGUCCCUGGUGAAUGCGUCAAACUGGAGAGAGGACUCGUUCCAAAAUGGCCUUGUCAGGGCUUAUAGGAAGUUUGAGGAGGACUGCGCAAUUUCACCCAAAAAAAUUGACCGGAACGAACGAGUAUCGCUGGUGGAUGGACGCAAGAUACGGUGGAUACUGAUAUAUGCGGUGCAUCAGACUCUGCAGUGCGCCACUCAGCGACCUGUUGAAAUGCAAGACGACCCAGAAGCCGAGUAUGUUGUCUCCAUUGCCAAAAACACGCGAACGCCUUGGCAGGACGGCAAGCUUCAUGCUGGAUUGUCCCAGAUCACGGCAAAGUCGGCGCUCAAGCACCAUUUGGAGCGGACCGAGAUGGAGCAGUCUCCAUCGAUCUCGGAGAAACUUGAGAUUAAACCCGACAUUGACUACUUUGCCUUGACGCACAAGACCGAUGAGUCGCCCAAGCCGACGGGAAGACAAGCUUCUCUCCCAGAUUCGACGGAUGCGUCAGUGUCAUUGUCGCGGACGAGCUCUUUUAGCUCUUUUAAGCAGGCUUUGAGCCGGAGCUCUACCAUCCGCAGAUCGACGCGAAGACUCAAGCUGAGCGUCCCCGCGUCCAAUACAUCCACAGCCGUUACGUCCAUGCCACUCUACCACGAGAUAGUGGUGCCUAGAUACGGGAACGGCGCAAGCGAUGUGCAAUUGGAACCUACAGCUGAUGCACCGGCAGCGAAACCCGCCGUGCAAGUCAGUCGAAGUGCGUCGACGGCUUCCGAGACUGGAUCCAGCAACAUCAGCACAUUCGCAAGCUCCGUGAGCACGGGGUCAACUCUCGAUUCAUCUCUCAACUCACCCACUCAACUACCGGAAUCGCCCUUGCACAAGUUGCCCGGCAAGGCACGUCGUUGGAGCAAUCAAGACUGUGCCUACCCAAUAGGCAGCAGCAGCUGUCCCAAUGUCACGACGUGCAUUUCCAAACGUAACUCGCUUAAGCGGCGGCCGAUAAGCACCACACUGGAAGGAUGCAACUAUGCCGCCAGAGCAUUCGGGCAGUUCGUGGACCAAGAACGCCGCGCCAUGUUUGCUUCAAGUCGCCCGGUCGGCAGCGAUCCAAAGAGGGGUGGAAACACUUCACACAGCCGGUCGAUGCCGCUUCCGAUACAGGAAGACGAAAUCAAGGAGGAGCCUGGUGGUUUAAUCCGAGACUCGGGUGACUGGACGGCCAUGCAGGCGUUUCUUGACGGCAAGCUGUCUGGGGGGGGGAGCUCAAGCAGAGAUGCUUGGGAGCAGUACGCCGAUCUGGGAGGCUUGACAGAAGCUAGGUGA